UGCCCUUAGGCCACUUCCUGGGGGCGGAGAGGACCUAGGCAGCAGGCCAUAACUAGGAAAGGCGGAGGCACCCGAGUUGCAGAGACUCUCAGCUGCUUCCACCAGAGCCCUCGGACCCUCGCUGCCCGGACUGAGCGUGCAUCCUAGGCGCCCAGCCGAUACGGGGCGUUUGGCCAUCCGCUCCGGUCAACACCUCUUGCAUCUCCUGGAACCCGUGCCCGGAGCCUGGCUUGGCCUUGGUCUCGGGAGCCCAGUGUGGCCUCGCCCACGGCGAAGACGAAACUGCCCAGAAACUGUCGUUGAGCCCUCCCGGGUCUGUUCAGUGCUCGCCACCGUCACCUGCUGGUUGGAUUCCGGAAACCCACUGUUGAAAGACCACGGAAGGAAUCGCUGACUUCGCAGAACCAGAUACGUCUGAAUCAAAACUCCCUUUUCUCUACCUGUCCUGCGCUCUUUCCACUUGUUCUCUUAUUUUUGCGGGGAUUUCUGUGCCCAGAACACCCCAAUUACCACCCAGGUAGCUGGAGGUGAAGCUACCAACCUGUUACCUGUACUUGUUACUGUGCCUCCGACUCGAGUCUGAACUGUGAUCACUCAAUUCGACACACACCCAGGACACUCUGCCUUUCCUUCUGCCCUGUCUUCUGUACCUCCCAAAAUUUCCCCCCCUCCUGUGUCCUCUUCGCCCCCUUCCUUUGGGGGCCCCGUGACCCUGAAUGUGGGGGGCACGCUAUAUUCCACCACUCUGGAGACCCUGACCCGCUUCCCAGACUCCAUGCUGGGGGCAAUGUUUAGGGCUGACACCCCCGUGCCUCCCAAUGUCAACCCCCAAGGAGGUGGCCACUACUUCAUCGACCGGGAUGGCAAGGCCUUCCGGCACAUCCUCAAUUUCCUGCGGUUGGGCCGACUAGACCUGCCCCGUGGGUAUGGAGAGACCGCGCUUCUCAGGGCGGAGGCUGACUUCUACCAGAUCCAGCCCCUCCUGGAUGCCCUCCGGGAGCUGGAGGCCUCGCAAGGAUCGCCCGCGCCCACGGCCGCCCUGCUCCACGCGGAUGUGGACGUCAGCCCACGCCAGGUGCACUUCUCCGCUCGCCAGGGCCCGCACCACUACGAGCUGAGCUCGGUCCAGCUGGACAUCUUCCGUGCCAACCUCUUCUGCACUGACCCCGAGUGUCUGAGCGCCCUGCGGACCCGAUUUGGUGUGGCCAAUGGAGACAGGGCAGAAGGAGGCCCACAUUUUCAUCUAGAGUGGGCCCCCCGUCCAGCACAACUCCCAGAAGGAGAGUACGGGAGACUGGGGCUGCAGCCCCUGUGGACUGGGGGACCGGGCGAUCGUCGGGAAGUGAUAGGCACGCCGGGCUUCCUGGAGGAGGUGCUGCGGGUGGCUUUGGAGCAUGGCUUCCGACUGGACUCGGUCUUUCCAGACCCUGAAGAUCUCCUCAACUCUAGAUCUUUACGCUUUGUUCGCCACUGAGGGAGUGGCCCUCCGUUUGAUGGUGGGGAAGGGAGGGGAUGGGAGAAGGAAUGCAGCCUCUUUCUAGCUCUGGUGUGGGAGCUAUGAAAGUCAGGAGGUCCUCUGCACCUGACAGAAGCGCAUAUGCGGCGAGGAUUCCCAAGCCUAAGCCUAUGAAAGCUCACGGUGGUGGUCCAGUGGUCUAGACUGGUGCUUUUCUUGGGGGGAGAGGGUAGCAAAGCUUCUCUGGCUUGUUCAUGGCCAAAGCUGGGACCUCUGGUAACCUCCUUGGUUGAAGAUCAGUAUUCAGAGGAUCUGGAAAAGUGAGGUACACCUCUUUCCCCAAGCUAAACCCAGCAGAAUCUUGGAGAGGUACUGAGGUCUGAGGGAGAGGAGAAACUGCAUUGUCCUAUUUGGUCUCCUUGACUAUGGCUUCCUUUCCAGAGCUGGGUGGGUUGGCCAAAGAGAGAUCAGAACACGCUGGAACCUAAGAAGGUGGAGUUCCUUGCUGUUCCAGGCUACUUAUGGACAGACCACACUCCACCCUAGAUAGACAUCAGGAAUUAGGAGAAAAAUUCCAAGGGACCCAAAGGAUCCUCUCUUGUAGGUAGGGCUGGCCACAAGAAGGAAGACAGUAUCUUUCUGUGUCCUAGUCUCAUUUCCUUUGUAUGUAUGUUAUCCUGUCAGCCAAUGUGUGUGACUGAUGCGUGGGUCCCUGGCAUCCUGGAUCCCAUCUGUGUUGCUGACUCCUGUGUCUACGUGAUGGUCCUUCUGUGGUUUCUACAAGUCCAGGCCUGUGUGGGGUUGCCCAGCAACUGUUCUGGCAUAGGCAUAUCUGCGGUAUGGAUGUGACUAGAUGGUGAUUUAGUUUAAUCACAGGGUGUGUGUGUGUAUGUGUGUGUGUGUGUGUAUGAAUUUAUGUGCCCACAUGACCAUGUAGGCAGGAGGGGCCUGUCUGGGUUUGAGUCACUAGGAUCUUCCUGUGAGAGGUAAUAGAAGUAACUGGGCUUAGCUGGGCCUCUGAGACCUGCAGGGAACUCUUGGUUGCUGAGGCAACCAUUGGCCUGUUGCUAGGAGAUAGUCAGGGAAGGCCCAAGGCUGCCCUAGGCUGAGAGUAGAGAUGAAGAGUUUAGGAAAAUGGGGGAGGAUAUGGAAAGGGAUGGGAUUUCUGGGACCCUGAGUGGAAGGGGUAAACAUGUAUGACUUCUUCACUUUGAAGAAUUGCUUAUUAUUUAUCACUGAUGACUUACAAGAAAAAUAAAAUUUCUUUUG